AUGGCAGCCAAAACCACAUCAUGCUUUACUUUCCUAAAGGAAGCGCUGACCCUCCCCACGUUAAACCCCAAGCUCUUCACGCCCUUGCUCCUCCUCUUUGCCGCCGCCGCCUUCCUUGACCACAUAGUCAAUUUCGUGUUCGUCCAGCCUCUCGCCGACGUCGUGGCCAGCCAUGCCACCGAGGUCAACAACACCGACUUCUCGAGCGCCGAACACGCCAAGCUCAUGGAGAUGGAGGGGCCAAAGCAAGACGGCAUGAGGCUCAUCCUCAUCGCCUUCUCCGAGGUGAUCGUCGCCCUGGCGGUCGGCUUCGUCAAGAAGAUCCUCUUCCUCUUCGCGGCCUCCACGACCUACUCCGGCGACCGCUACUCGCUGGCAGAGCUCCUGCGCGAGCUGGUCAAGGGGAGGAUCAGCCUGAAGGGCCCUUCCAUCACCAUCGCCGUCGUCGACGCGCUUGACUUCGCAUCGGCGGUCCUGGCCGCGCUGAUUAUUCCUGCUCCCGCCCUGAUGGCCGGGCUCUCGGGGGUGCUCUCCGUCCAGGGUCUCGUCUACCUCAUCGCGCUCCUCACCUCCCUCCACUUUACCGCCGUGGCGUUGGUGGCCGUCGCGGCGUCGGUGGUCGACAGGAGGUGCCGCGGCGUGGGGGCGCUCCGGCAGGCGUGGCGUCUCGUGACGCUGGUGAGGAGAAAGGAGGGCCUCCUGCUGGUGCUCGUGGCGCACCUCGUGCCGACCGUCGUGGCUCCGUUGUACCGGAUUGCUCUUGUGUAUGCGAAGACGAGCAUGACGGUGUGCUUCUGCUUGUUGGCCGUGCAUGCUUUUCUGUCUUGUGCGCUGCAGCUCCUCUCUUUGACGGCGGCCACGGUGUACUACUACCAAGCCAUGCAGAGCAAGGAGGUGAUCGAUGCCUUGCGGUUAUGCUAA